AUGCGCUGGCUCUUUCCUCUGCAGGCUCUGGGAGGGCCAGGCCUGACGGCCAGCGGGUGGGACAGUGUUCAGGCCGGAAUGUACACGCAGGCCACUGAGCCCCCGCGAUGCUACGUGGCCAAGUGGGUAGGGGGCAGUUCCACCCACUCCUCUCCCGGGGAGCUCUCUCAGGGGUGGUCCGUACUGGUGACUGGUACUCAGAGAACCAGGGCAACAGGCUGGGCCAAGGCCUCCGCGGGGUCAUGGCCAUGUUCCCGGGGAGGACAGGCGUCCAGGAGGUGCCAGGGCAAUGGGCUUCUCCGUGUGACCCAGUGGGUGAUGAGCCAGUUGGUGACGUGA